CGUUUCCGUAGCAACUGUUACAUCAAAAUAUUCGCCAAAACAACGCAAACGAAAGAAAUAAGGCGAAGCGUUGGAGUUUUAUUUUAAAUUUUCCUAGAAACAAGAAUAUUCAGGGAGUUUCCAGUAAAACGCGUUCAAUGAAUUCACACUUUAUUUCCUUCUUUAAAAUUAACGGUGUUCCGAUUCUUCCACCACUGAUUACUCCUGAAAUCCGAGCGGAAACAAUUCGGUAUCGCCAAUGCGCACAAGAUGUUGAACAUAGAAUUCAGGAAUCAAAAAAGGUAUCGAAAUCUACUGAGCAAACCGAAGCAGAACCUCUGAAACUGGCUCAACAGAAAACCGCAAUUCAUCCGGGCGAACCGUUUUCAAUAUCACGCAGAAAUUCAUUUACAAUAGAGUUAACAAAUUCUGGUGUUUCCACUUUGCUCGAAAAAUCGCCUGAUCUUGAUAAAGAUGUUCAUAAUAAGUCCUAUCACUCAGAAGAGGAACCAUCACAACCACGACUGAUUAGAUCGAAUUCAUACACUUUAGAAAGUCCUAGUCCAUUGCUGAUGAAGCAUAUGCAUAACCAAUGCCUGAAUAUUAAAAGUACAAAUUCGUUGGAAGAAAUAUCCAAAGAAUGUUCCAAACAACACAUUAAACGGUUGGAUUUCGAAAGUGAGGCUCAACAACUUGUUCGAGUAACAACACCUAAGCCUGCUGGUAAACCAAAAUGGACAACUUCCAAAAAAGUACCGGUCAAAUCAGCCACACCACUAAAAAAAUACAAAAGUCCGUACGAAUCAUCUUCGAAACCAAACAUUAAAAUUCCUACAAAGACAAAAACUAAAGUUCCACGAAAAGAAGUUACGAACGUACGGGACAAGAACGAACAAUUGAUUAGUACUUGUCAACGACACAUUAAAGAAAUUCAGGAUGAACACGACCAGCGGUUGAUGGAGCUUUUGAAACGCCAACAAGAUGAGCAACAUGAACUCCAGGAAAGUUUUCAUCGUCAGCAGGAAGAGUUAACAAAAAAGCUAGUUCCUACAAAAGUGGAUCAGAUUCAUACUUCUACACCGGUGUUUACAAGUCCUAAUGAAUCGACAUUAGAAGAAGUCCAAUACGUGCCUCCAUCGUUUAAAACGCUGAAUAUAAGUUCAAAGCAAUUCGUUCAUAAUGAUUCCCAAUCCAGUAUAAGUAACUUGUCAAGUCAAACACUGUUUGUUUCUUCAAAUUCCAGUCAAUCAAGUGGAGACUUUGAAGACUCGAAUGAAAUGUACAAGACCUGCGAAAACAAUAGUAGCAGUAAUCGUUUAGAAGGGCAUGAUCAUUUUAAAUUAGACGGCAUACGAAGUUAUAUAGAAACUAUUGGACAAUCAAUACAGGACAAAGAUCUUCAGGAGCUUAGCCAAUUCCGGAAAUUGGACGAUCGGCUGAAUGAUCAGAGUCGAGUGUAUCACCACGCUGCCAGUUUAAUAAACGCCUACGCUAGGGGCUACCUUACACGAAGACUUUUUCAGACAGAACGCGUGCAGAAGGUGGUUGAAAUCAUCCGUGAUACUCUUCUUUUCAUUUUGGAUAUGCAUCACGAAAAUCCGACAACUCGCCGGAUACGAAGUCCGGCUGAUAUACAGUUGAAGAGAACUCUUGUACACCAGUUGACGUCAGCCUGUAAUCAGUUGCAUCGAAUUUUCAUUGAGUCUACCGUUAAACAGCGUAUGGAAAUCAUAUGCGAAGAUCGAGAAAAAAUGAGACGUAAACUGGUAGGACGUCCCAGAACGUCCAGCUCGGUUGAAUCGAAUAGAUCGGCGCAUUCUAAAUCGAGUCACAAACAGUAUCGCAAGCUUCAGAUGUGUUCAUUAUAUUCCGUAAAUAUUGAAGGAGCCGCAACCAGCACCUUGAAUGACGAUGACGACCAAGAGGAUUUUCAUCAGGAUAUAUUAAACAGAAAAAGUACAUUCCAGUGCAAGCCGGCUGCUGAGCUGGAUUUUAGCAUAGUUUCGACUCGGUCAUCGCCUGCAUCGCUUUCGCGCAUCUCAGAUAAACAACUGCUGAAGACUUCACCGACUCUGUCUGCUACUGUCGUCACGCGCCUUGUGAGCGAAGUUAGGAGAGCAGUCUCCUCAACUAAUGCCGUCACCUAUCAACCCAAAACAAGUAUACGUGCAAAAACCUCUGACACUACGUUUGCCGGUAGGCCGCGUCACAGAACAAGCUGGGAACAAGGAUAUUAAAGAAUUUAUCACUAACAGCAAUAAGGUAUCUUAUAGAUUAACCAUGUAUUUUCAUAAAAAAUGUUUAAAUUAAAA